AUGCUACGUGUCGUUUCUUGGCGUCUUGCUUGGAGGCCUGCAGCCAUUCAGCACCUGCCCAAUUUUGGGUCAAAGGAAGCUCCCAAAAAGGUAGAAGAUACUCAACGACAAUAUCGUCCUCUCUCUCUUAAGGCCCGUCAGGCGCUGGCAGAGAAGUCAGAUGAACUGCAGUAUCAUGUGAUUACACAGGACUGGUUUGGUCAGCGCGUUGAUACUUUUCUUACCCAGCACCAUCCUGAAUGGAGUUAUGAAACCAUGAAAAGUCUGGUUCAGCAGGGUCAUAUAUACCGCUAUAGAAAAAAUGGAAAGAAAAGAUACACACGAUUAACAGAUCGGCUGGAGUUUGACGAACUACUUGUGGUGCCAACUCCAGCGUUUUGGGAAAAGCAGCUUGCUCCUCCUAGUGGUGUGCUCAAGGAGACUACAAGGCAACCACAAUUUAGAUUGUCGUCUCAUGUGCGGGAAAUGGCACAUAAUAUGGUGCUCUUCAAAAAUGAGCAUGUCAUUGUUAUUAACAAACCUCAUGGUGUCCCUAUGAUGCCGACGAGUGACGCACAGGAGAUGAAUAUAACUGCUAUGCUUCCUGCCUGGAAAUACACAAAUACGGUGAAACCCAUUGUUUGCCACAACUUGGAUAAGGAAACAAGUGGUUGUGUUGUUUUAGCAAGAACCAAAAAUGCACAUCGCAUGUUAGCACGUAUGUUCGUGAAACGUGUGGUGCCAAACAGUGUGUAUUGGGGAUUUUGUGUAGGUAAGCCCACCGUGAACUUUGGACGGAUACGCAUGCACUUUGAGAUGACGAAAGGAACUAAGGGCGAUAUCAUUGUUGCGCGUCCUUCUCCUACCAAAACUUCUAAAGUGGGUAUUGCCGAAUUUGUAGUUAACGCCAGUGCAUUGGAAUUCGGAAGCUUCAUCUCAUUUUACCCCUUAACAACGCGUCGUCACCAGGAGCGGAUUAUGGCAGCGCAUGCACUGCGUUGUCCGUUAUUGGGUGACGCCAAAUACGGCGGGGAGUCAGCGUUCCCCUCAUCUAUGUCUCUCUUCUGGGAUCCAGAGGAUAAAGGGCUGCCGUUACACUUACACCACCGAAAGAUUCAGCUGCCAUACAAAAAUGGCGUGGGGGAGUUUGUCUGCGUUACGGCUCCUCUUCCACCUCAUAUGGAAAAGACGUUUAAGAAGCUUGGGUGGCCAUGUGAGGUGGAUGAUCCGCUCAUACCAGGUUGA